UUUAAUAGUCGAAUUAUUACAUAAAUUAGUCAUGGACCCCAAAAUAACUGCGAUAGAUUCAUAUUGCAACAGGUUUAGCUCAAAAGCAUGAAUCCAAUACCAAUGAAAGCCUAAAUGCACAGAUCCACGAGUUGUAAUUCGAACUACAUUUCCCAUAAUCACCGUUUUCAAUUAGUAUGGAAGCCCUUGAGUCCCAAAAAAAUAUGUUCGCAUAUCCCCGCUACUGCUGCUGCUGCUCUUAAAGGAGACGCAUCCCAAACGGGCCUUUCCUCGCUUUAGGAAAUAUGAGGUUUGCUAUAGCUUUAAGAAGUAGAUAAUGUUGAAUGUUUAUCAAAUUUAAUUAUCAUACAACGUUAACUUUGUUUUAUUAAUAAGAUAGUUAUUGAAAUGCUUGCGUUACUCUUAAACGAGCUAACAUAACAACUUGGUCCCAAAAGGGCCUUCAAUGUUACGUUGGUAGCCUAUUAGCUAGCGCUAGCGUUACAUGUUCUGUUCAUAAUUGACGUUACGUCAACUAACGUUAAUUACACAGGUCUGUAAGGGUCAUAACAGUUCAAUAUGAACAGCAUGGACUCCGGGGAAGACGAGGUUUCAUGUAUUCGUCCUGGGAUUGAGAUAAUCGGAGACUCAAUUGAGGCCGCCAAACCAACCGCGGUGUCGACUGAACCGCCAAGCGGGAGAAGAGGAAGUAAAAGGCUGGUGAAAACCACAGUGACCUCCCCCGACUCUGGUGACUCUGGGUCGGGUGUUCGAGUUCUGCGAGCCAGGCGAGUUGAAGCUGGCAGGACUAACGUUAAUAAUGUCAAGAAUGCAGAUUACAGGCAAACGCCUAACGCGAAGAGCAUGCACCGUGGACGUGGGAGACCUGUGGGAUCCCGCUCCAAAAACACACAAUCUGCGGCAAAGAAACCCACAACCAAAAAUGCAUCCAAACAGACUCUUGGAGCAAAGCUUUCCAAAUCUAGAGAAGGCAAAGAAUCUCCUCCAACCGAAGCCUCUUGCGCCACACCAGAAACAGCAUGCAAACCCGAAGCAGAGAUGGAGGCCGGAGGGGAAACGGGUUCUUUGAAAGCAAGCAAUGACAACGUUGCAGAUGCAGAUGCAGCUGUUGACGAGGACCCUCCAUUCAGAGAUGACCCAAAUGACCUCAUCUAUAAACCCGAGACAAAGACGGAAAAAUUAAGGCGGAAUACAACAUUAAAACAAAAGGAAGUCAAGAAAGAAGAGUCAGAAAAGGAGGAGGAGGAAGAAGACAACAUUAAAAAGGAAGAAUCAACAGAGAUUGUGGUUCAGAUUGAAGACGGAGUGGAUAAUAUUGCAGAGCUACCCAGGAAGAGAGGUAGACAACAAAAAGAUGACAACGUCCCUCGGCUGCCAAAACAAAGGAAAAAGCCCCCAGUGCAGUACGUCCGCUGUGAAAUUGAGGGCUGUGGUACCGUCCUGGCCCACCCACGUUACCUACAGCACCAUAUCAAAUACCAGCACUUGCUUAAAAAGAAGUACGUGUGUGAUCACCCCUCCUGUGGGCGAUUGUUUCGUCUGCAGAAGCAGCUGUUUCGCCAUGCAAAACAUCAUACAGAUCAAAGGGACUACAUCUGUGAGUAUUGUGCCCGUGCUUUCAAGAGCUCCCAUAACCUGGCUGUGCAUCGGAUGAUUCACACAGGAGAAAAACCAAUCCAGUGUGAGAUCUGCGGCUUCACCUGCCGUCAGAAGGCAUCCUUGAACUGGCACAUGAAGAAGCACGAUGCAGAAUCCUCCUACCAGUUCUCUUGCUCCAUUUGUGGUAAAAAGUUUGAGAAAAAGGACUCCGUUGUUGCACACAAAUCCAAGAGCCACCCCGAGGUGCUCAUAGCUGAAGCCCGAGCAGCUAAUGGGGGCUCAGUAAUAUGCAGUCCCUCACUGAUCCCAGAUACUCUCCAAGUGCUCGCCUUGACUCCAGAGACCGUCUCAGCGCUCAACAAGUCCAAUAGUACGCUCACUCCACUCCACCAGGUAUCUCAAGGCCAGUUUCUCCAACUGCCCACGCACCAUGUGGUGCAGGUGGCACACCAGCAGCAAGCCCCCACCUUGCUGCACCUCACGGCUGCUCGUCCGACUAACUUCUCCGGCCUCAGCCACCCCCAGCUCAUCCAGUUCUCCACCCUUCCGGCCAGCACCGUCGCGUCCAUGACCAUUGCGGACCCUCAGAGCACCCUCCUCACCCUGAGCUCCAGCUCCGUCACCACACUGGCCUCCACGGCCUCCCUGGCUUCCCAGCAGGCCAUGCAGUGGGGCAGGGAGACGGAUGAGGAUGAACAGUUACCAGGGGAGGGUGAGCUGUGGGACAGGGUGGUGGUGGGUGGCGGUCAUCAGGAUGUCGAGGAAAUUAUGUGGGAGGGUAAUGAGGAAAGGAGAAAGGAGGAUGAGGGGAUUGUAUGGGAGAGGGAAGGAGGGAGACAUAUUCUUUUACAGUGUGCUGAAGUUCAUGGAGACAGUUUAAUCUAAAUAAAAGACCACACAAUGAUCUUAACAUGAACUUUAUGCACAGGGAAGUUUUAAUUUAAGAAAAGAGCAAAAGACUGAAGGACCUGUCAAAAGUUGAAGCUGUUAUUCUAAAUAUUUGAAAUGUUUAUCUCCAUGGAGUGUAAUACAGUAGUUAUACUAAGUACAUAGCGACAGAUAGCUACUUAUAUCAGGGAGUAUGAUUUAUUAUAUUAUAGAUUACAAACACUUCUUUUACCACUUUCUGGAUGUUUUGAUUUUGUGACUUGUGUUUGUUUAUAUGUUUGGAUGUUAAAAAAUGUUUAGAGGUUAAAAAGGUUGCAUGAUAGUACAAAUUGUACAAGGAAGUAACAUAAACAAAUACAUAUAUAUCCCUCAUGGCCAUAUUAUAAUAAUAAUAAUGUACACUUUAUUGAUUCUUCUCUGCAUUUGACUCAUCCUUCGUCAUUAAUCAGCAGUGGGCUGCAGUGAAGCACCCGGGGAGCAACUGGGGGUUCAGUGUCUUGCUCAAGGGCACUUCGACAUGUGGUUGCAGGACGACCACAAGCUACCCGUCUAGUCUGGGCCUUUCCACAAAUGAUUUUGACGUGCAGAAAUCACACAAAAUCUAUAAUAACAUAAUAUUAUAUUAUGUUGAAAUGUUUUGAGAUGAAGCAAGAUAUUUUCUUUCACAGCAGACAUUUUGACAUAUAGUAGGAAAAGCACAAGUGUUACUAAUAUUACUGAUGGCUCCGUUAUCUUUAAGUGCCAGUCAGUCAUGACAGUGAGUCAGCAUCCUAUGCAACAUAUUAUUAUUAUGUUAUUAUGUGAAAAAGGCCCAUAAUCACAUUUUCUAUCGAAAAAUAUCUAAAAUGCCCUUCUUGUAUUCACUUUCCUGGACCCAAGUUAUCACUUCCCUUCCAAAUUUAACUAAAGCAUCUGAUUUAAUUAGUUACAGAUUGUUGCCUUAAUAUUUGUUCACAGUUAAGACUAUGCAGGCAGCGGUAUUAGGAUGGAAAUAGUUGUUGUCAUACAUUUUCUUUUGAAGCAAUCUUAGAAAAUAUAAUAUACCUCUGUGCACUGCCACUACUACUGAACACUCAUAAUCUUAUGAUCUUUAUUUAUUAGAAAAUGUGUUCACAUGGAUAAUAAUUAAAAAAACUGUUCUGAA